CCCCCACCGCGGCGGAGAAAGAUCUGAGCCACGUCUUCGCUCGCUCGCCGGCGAGAGGUCGACCACUUCCUCUCCUCCUCCUCCCCGCCUAUAAAUACGACCCACCCCCCCCCCCCCCCCCCCCCCGCGGCUUCUCCCCUCGCUUUCCCCACACGGCCGCGCGAUGACGUGGCGCGCCUCGACACCACCACCUCACCUCUGAAGCCCCCCACCUCACUUCCGACCGCCUUUGGUCCCCUUCUAGAAGCUUCCAAACCCUAGAGGAGGAGGAGGAGGAGGGGUUUCGGUAUGGCGAAGGCGAGGAAGCAGAAGGGCGAAGAGCAGAAGCCCGACGGCGGCGGGGCUGGCGGCGGGGGAGGGGGCGCCACCGUGCUCCACCAGAAGCUGUGCCUCUCCAUCGACAUGGAGAACCGGCUGAUCUAUGGGUACACUGAGAUAAAAGUUCAAGCUGAAAAUGAUACUUUUGCUCUGCAUGCUGACAACAUGACGAUUAGGAACAUAUUAGUGGAUGGUCAAGCUGCUGAGUUUGAGUAUUCUCCUCAGUGGAAAAAUGCUGGUGAUCAACAGAGUUGGUCUUCAGUAUCAUGUUCGAAGACUGCUGCUGAUGCUGCAUGCUCAGUAUAUAUCUCUUCUCUAAAUAGUGAAGCUGCACCUAAUCUCAUCAUCUCGUCAGAGAGAUCAAGCAAGGCAAUAACUGAGCCACAGUACGAAGAAAAUGGUGAAAACCACGAAGAAAAUGGUGAAAAACAUGAAGAAAAUGGUGAAAAACAAAAUGAAAAUGGUGAAAAAUGUGAAGAAAAUGGUGGGAAACCUGCUCAAAUAUCUGAUGAUCAAGCUGUUAAUGGCUGCAACGGUUCUGCUGAUAAGAAGGACAAAGAAGAGGAAACUGAGAAGGACAAUGAAAAAGAAAAGGAGGACAAGGAAGAGGAAACUGAGAAGGACAAUGAAAAAGAAAAGGAGGACAAGGAAGAGGAAACUAAGAAGGACAAUGAAAAAGAAAAGGAGCAGCUAAUGGGAACUGAUGAGAAGGAGAAGGAGAAGGAGAAGGAGGAUGAGAAUGAGGAGGAGAAGUUGGAGGAGGAGGAGAAGAAGGAUAAGGAGGAGAAGUUGGAGGAGAAGGAGAAGGAGAAUGAAGAGGAAAAUGGAAAUGAGAAGGACAAGGAAAAUGAUAAUGAAAUUGAAAAGGUGAAGAACACAAAACUGGUUCACAUAGAUUAUAUUUUGGAGAAGGCUGAAACUGGACUUUACUUCACUGGCAACAUCUUACAUAGUAACAAUCAAAUAAGGCGUGCACACUGCUGGUUUCCUUGCAUUGAUAGUGCAACACAGCGCUGUCCAUUUGACCUAGAGUUCACAGUUAGCACGAAUCUAGUUGCUGUCAGUAACGGUGACUUGCUUUACCAGGUCUUAAGCAAGGAAGAUCCUCCAAGAAAAACAUAUGUGUAUAAAUUGAGCACUCCAGUUAGUGCACAGUGGAUAUCUUUGGUUGUUGGUCCAUUUGAAGUUCUUCCUGACAGGAAUGACAUAAGUGUAUCACACAUGUGCUUAUCUCAGAGUUUAUCAAAGCUUGAAAAUACCAUCUCAUUUUUCCACAGUGUCUACAGCUGUUAUGAAGAUUAUCUUGCUGCAUCAUUUCCUUUUGGACUAUACAAACAGGUUUUUCUUCCACCUGAAAUGAUAGUAUCACCAACAAGCUUAGGAGCUUCCACUUGCAUCUUCAAUUCAGAUAUCUUACACGACGAAAAGGUUAUAGAUCAGAUAAUUGACACGAGAAUCAAAGUAGCAUAUGCUCUUGCAAGGCAAUGGUUUGGCAUAUACACAAAUGCAGAGGAGGCAACCGAUGAGUGGUUAUUGGAUGGUUUGGCUGGUUUUCUCACUGAGCAUUUUGUCAAGCGUUAUCUUGGCAAUAAUGAGGCACGAUAUAGGCGUUUCAAGGCCAAUUGCAUUGUGUGUGAGUUUGAUGUCAGUGGUGCAACUGCUUUGAGCUCUCCUUCAGCUUCAAGUGAUUUAUUUGGAACUCAAACAAUCGGUUCAUAUGGGAAAAUUCGUUCUUUGAAGGCAGUAUCUGUUCUUCAAAUGUUGGAGAAACAGAUGGGGCCAGACUCUUUUCGGAAGAUUCUGCAGAUGAUAGUUGCUCCAACUCGUGCCUCAAGAACACUAAGUACAAAAGAGUUCAGGCAUCUUGCAAACAAGGUCGGUAAUCUUGAACGGCCAUUCCUGAAAGAAUUCUUCCCAAGGUGGGUUGAAUCUUCUGGAUGCCCAGUUAUGAGAUUGGGAAUCUCCUAUAGCAAGAGGAGAAACUUGGUUGAAUUAGCUGUUUCACGUGGUUGCACCACAAAAGUUGAUCCUGGUCCUGAUAUUCGCACGAAUGGUGAUUCUCGAGAAGGUGAUACUGGAUGGCCAGGAAUGAUGAGCGUACGUGUCCAUGAAACUGAUGGAGUGUACGAUCAUCCAAUUGUACCCAUGGCUGGUGAAGCUUUGCAGGUGGUGGAAAUACAAUGUCAUUCCAAAGUAGCAGCAAAGCGCUUUCAGAAAACUAAAAAAGGCUCAAAGCCUGAUGGUUCUGAUGAAAACAUAGAUGCUUCAAAUCAAGAUAACCGUGCGAGUAUGGAUGCACCUUUACUGUGGAUCAGAGUGGACCCAGAAAUGGAGUAUCUCGCUGAGAUACAUUUUCACCAGCCUGUGCAGAUGUGGAUCAAUCAAUUGGAAAAGGACAAAGAUGUCAUUUCACAAUCACAAGCAAUAUCUGUACUGGAGAAAUCACCUCAACUCACUUUUGCUGUGACUAAUGCCCUCAAUAAUUUCUUAAAUGAUACAAAGGCAUUUUGGAGAGUUAGAGUUGAAGCAGCAUAUGCUUUAGCUGUAACUGCAUCAGAGGGCACAGAACUAACUGGACUGCUUCAUCUGGUUAAGUUCUAUAAAAGCCGCCGAUUUGAUGCAGAUAUUGGAUUACCCAGGCCGAAUGACUUCCAUGAUAUUCCGGAGUACUUUGUUCUUGAGGCAAUUCCUCAUGCAGUAGCUCUUGUUAGAUCAGCAGACAAGAGCAGCCCAAAAGAAGCCAUUGAAUUUAUCCUUCAGCUUCUAAAGUAUAAUGAUAACAACGGAAAUGUAUACUCUGAUGUCUACUGGCUAUCUGCAAUGGUGCAGGCGAUAGGUGAAUUAGAAUUUGGCCAGCAGGGUGUAGGUCUAUUGUCGUCUCUUCUCAAGCGCAUUGAUCGGCUCCUGCAAUUUGAUAACUUUAUGCCUGGAUACAAUGGGGUUUUGACUGUCAGCUGCAUUCGCACCCUUGCACGUAUUGCACAGAGGGUGUCAUCUUCCAUUUGCCUUGAUCGCGUCUGUGAACUAAUUGUGCCCUAUCGCAACAUGGACAAACCAUGGAAAGUUCGAAUGGAAGCUGGCAGGGUUCUUAUUGAUCUCGAGUUUCACCAUAAAGGACUUGAUGCAGCUCUUUUAUUAUUCUUGAAAUAUGCUAAUGAAGAAAGAUCUUUGAGAGGAGGGACAAAGUUGGCUGUUCAUGUCUUGCGUCUAUGCCAAGCCAAUAUUGAAUCUCAUGAUAAUAAUCAAAUACAAUUGCCAACUCUAGUUGGCCUCCUUUGCCUGCUUGCUGGCAAAAAGGCCUACAACAAUGUAUAUCUUCGACAUAAUGUGUUCUGCAUAUUGCAAAUUGCUGCUGGAAGGUCUCCAACACUGCAUGGAGUUCCGAAGGUUGUCACUCCACCUCAAGUUGUCCUGGAGAUAUCUAGUGAUCAGCACACUAAAGCUGAUUCCUCAGUUCCUCAACAAUCAAGGCCUCAAGAACCUUCCACUAGCACUCCUAGUGUCCGUGAAGUCUUACCUACCUCUGGACCCUUAAAAGAUGCGGAUAAUAUAUCUAACUGCAGUGAGAGAAGGAAUGUUAUUUUUAUACCCACAAAAGAUGCGGAUAAUAUAUCUAACUGCAGUGAGAGAAGGAAUGUUAUUUCUAUACCCACAAAAGAUGCGGAUAAUAUAUCUAACUGCAGUGAGAGAAGGAAUGUUGUCAAAAUAAGGGUUAAACGUGCUUCAUCAUCCAGUAAAGCAGAUGAUGCUGAUCACAGAGAUCAUUCACAUGGUAGAAAUGAAAAUGAAGCAGGUCCAUGUAGCUCUAUGUCAGUGGAUGCACCUAUGACUGAAGCACCAGAACCAGUAAAUGUAAGUAAUCAUAACAUCGAGGAGCAAAACUCAUGCCAUGAUAGGGAACAAAACUCUUGCCACGAUAGGGAAUCAAGGAUGUCAGCAAGCAUUGGCAAUGUCAAACUAAUGGACAAGCAUGAAGUAUCCAAGGAGCUACAGUGCACAGCCGAUUCCAGGCUAGAUGCUCUCCCCAAGGAUCACUUCUCUCCCGUUGUUAAUGGACAGGAAGUCCUAGACAAGCCACGGAGUCAGCUAGAAGUAGUCUCCACAAGCUAUGAUGGAAAUCAAGCCCCAGACUCCAUGAAUGGAUUGGAAACGAAGGAGAAGAAGAAGGACAAGAAAGACAAAAAGCGGCAUCGAGAUAAGAAAGAUGAUCCUGAGUAUCUGGAGAAAAAACGGCUUAAGAAAGAGAAGAAAAGGAUGGAGAAAGAAAAAGGCAAAAAGCAGAAGGAAGGUGAAGGGGUUUCUUCUUCCGAACAGAAGAACACAGCGAAACCUUCAGACUCGCAAGGAACCUCAUCGGCAAGGCCACCAGCUCCAAUGCGAAUUCCUGAACCCAAGAUAUCAAAUGUGGGUACGCCAGUAGAUACUACACGGACAUUGACAACUACUAAGAUUAGGAUCAAAGUCAAGCCUCUGCAAAGAUAAUUUGAAGAGAGUUGGCAGAGAAUCAUAUUGUGCCUGGGUCACCUUUUGUAAGAAAUACUGUACAGUAGAGAAAAUUCGCGAUCUGUAGGGUGUACGAUGAGUAGCCAAUUUUUAAUUGAAUGGCUGAUGUAUCCUGUAGAGAGAUCAUACUGGCCCAGUAAAUUUCUGGGGUAAUUGGUGCCAAUUUCGAGCAUUAUUGCUUGUGGUGAAAUCAUGAGGCCUCAUGCUAGCUUGAUUUAUUUUGUUGUGCUCCUUUUGCUUGUAAGUUUGUUAUUAGCUUAGCUAUUGUCGGGAAAGGAAUGGAGACGAGACAUGAAUCUUGCCGUUCUGUGGAAAUUCUGCCACAUCCCAACAGAAAAUAUAUGUGUUGAACCCUUUAGAUUAGUUACUAUUCCUUAAUUUCAAUUUUUUGUACUUGAGUUGUAUAUAUAUUAUUUUGAUUGUUUCUGAAUGGACGGUGUUAUCCUGAAA